AUGUCGGGACUCAAACCAAACCGUCUUAAAUUCAAGGGGGAAGCUCCUGUGGGCAUCAAGAAAAAGAGAAAGGCAGACAACCCUGAUCAUCCAAAGUCAUCAUCUUCAAGCUCUAGUAAACCACCCCCAUCAUCAGACAAAGCAGCUGAUCCAAAUGCUGCUUGGAUACUCGCAGAAACAGAAGACGAUCUACUCGGCCCCAUAUUCAUCAUAUCAUCCACCACAACUCCCCCUUCCGUAAUCACAUCCAACGCCAAAUUCCAGACCCACUUGUCAAUGCUGGAACAACAGGACGACGAUACCAAGGAUAUAACACUGCAAUCAUCCACCCCAUACGACGUAUCCCAAGUGUUCGUAUGCAACAAGGUAGCAGGCUCUUCAAAAAUAACCCUCAAAUCCGCAUAUGGACGCUAUCUCGCGGCAGAUAAAUUCGGGAUUGUAUCGAGUGAGUCGGAGGCUGCGGGACAACAAGAGGAAUGGGAGGUGCUGUUACGCCCUGAUGGAAUUGCAUUCAAGUCAUUCUAUGGAACAUACCUGUCGGCCGAAUACGAUAAACUGGAACAGGAUAUACUGGAUGAGGAAGAUGAUGAGCACGUGGAUGUCAAGACAAAGAAACAAUCACUAGUCAAGAAGAGUACUAGUAAGAAAAAGCAGGGAGUCGUUAGAUGUGAUGUAGAUGCUGUAGGGUUUCGUGAAGUUUGGAAGGUCAAGGUACAAGCUGCUGAACGGUCAAAGAGAAGGAAGACUAAAGAGGAUGAUGUCAAGAAAGAUUUGGCUGCUUCUGAAGCUGAAGACAUGAAACGAUUCCAAUCAUGGAAUAAGCAUCGUCCAGGUGUCGUCUCUGACGUUGGGCUGCUAAAACAGGCUGAACGAGAGGGUAAUCUUCACGAAGUCCUUGUCAUGAGGCGAGAAAAGCUUAAAAGUGACAAGUUUUGCAAGUGA